AUGUCGGAGAGCGUGUCUUCCCCGGAAGAGUCUCAAGGCGAGAAUAAACCCUUUGGGAAGCACAACUGGCGAGGAAAACUCUUUUCAGCCGACAGCAGAUUUGGAAGAGCUGCGGAGCCUCUCGAAAGUACUGACGAUGAUGUCGCCAACUUUCUCCACCCAGCAGGUACAAGACCAGAGGCAGGAACUCAGUCAGCGCCGCUUCCUCCUCGCAUUGAUGUUGCUGCUGGUUCGAGACGGCCAUCUGCCGCCAAUGUCCACCAGGAUGAUACCAUAGUCGAUGUUUAUCGAAGGCCCAAACCUCGUCAGAACAAGGGGCUAUGUGUAAGAUUUGAUUUAGGUCCGCUCGUAAUUGGUGUGGGCGGAGACGAGGCUGAGCUUCCUUCAAGAGAUGUCUCCAGGUCGUUCGCAGAUUCAAUGAGAUCUGAACGAUCGCCGAAUCGAGAGCUAUCACACUACAACACCAAUGACCAGCGCUCCCAGGCAUACGGACGGUCAACACAUCCUUAUGACGAGACUUCCUUCCCGCCCUCGUCUCUGCAGAGAAGACCGACCGGCAUCGACGAUGAAAACCUUGUGGAGGAAUCACGUCAUGCAGGCCAUGAUAGAGAAGCAGUUCAGUCUGCCUUUUCCCGAAUUCGAAAGUUGUCGCCUCGACCGCGAAAUGAAGAGCAGGAUCUGGACUUGGACCUUCGUAAAAGAGAAGUCACGAAUCUAUCCUAUAGACCCUCCUCGGCGAGCGAAGACCUGUCUUAUAAUCAAAGCUACACCUGGCAGACGGCAGAAUUUGGGGAUCAGGGGGCCACACGGCAGUUAAUCGCUCCUCCUUCAGAAGCUCUGCCCGCCAGUGCUUUGAAUCCUAGCGAGUCACCUGAGCCACCAUACGUCUCCCAAGAGCCCUCAUCAUCAAGCUAUCACUUUCCACCUGCCACCAAACGUCUACCAGAGCUGCCGGGUUCAAGAGAUCAAGACAUACAUCAUGACUCUCAGGACGUCCCACCCAGUCUCAAAGUUAAUUCGCUUGCUAUACACACUGCAGCCGAGAGACUUGGGGGCGACUCCUUGAAUGACUUUGACUCGCGUGUGCGGCGCUUCAGCGACCUUUUCCGACUCAAUGCUUCCGCUCAUGUCGAUAUCAUGGCAGUGCCCUUGGGACGAUGGGUCAGCAUCUCUGCAUGGUGGUUCUUGAGGGGCAGAGGAGGGCUCGAAAGUGCCUUGCGUAGAAAAGCCUCGGUCAUCGCUCCAGCUACUGCUGCGAACGAUGGUGGGUUUUCUCAAGCAUACGUCAACCUUGCAAAGGCCUGGUGGGUAUUGAAAGAUGUCACCCCGAAUCUUCCUGAGAUAAGAAGGUUCGGUAACGCGAGUAUGAGUUCCAUGGUUGCAGUGAUUACGAGCUUCGGAGACCAACCUCUUGCUGAGCUUGUCGAGGUGCACUUAAGAAUACUUGCAAAUUUGCGUGGGUUAACGAUGUCGAUGAAAAGAAAUGGAAGGUUGCCACCGGACGAUCUCCAAAUGCAGGGAUUAGAGCCACAGAUCUUCCUCGAGACUCCGACCUUUUCCCCAGAUAUUGCGGCUCUGAUGAUCAACAAUACUCUCGAUCCCACAACCAAGGGCAAGAACUACGUUGCCGAGCCCUUUUUCCCGAUUUUGGUUGGAGACACGGCACGUCACUUCAGCUUUGGCAAGAUGUUUGUUGACGUUUGUUUGGACACUCGUAAUGAUGCAAAGUCAGGAGUACAAAUAGCCUGCGUGGUGUCGGUACUGCGCGAGCGAACCGAUUGGGCGGUUAAGACAGCCGUUGCGAGCCAAGACGGGAAGGUCAAUCUUCUGAUACAGUCAGGCGAGGCUGGCAGUCUACAUUGGCAUGACGUGCAAUGGAAAAUACCGCUACACACGAUGCAGCUUCGGCUUGCAGAAGAUAUCUGUCUACAAAUCAAGUUUUGCGAGAAAGAUUUCAAGACCAUCUGGGGCAUCUGUGAUUACACGCAACGCAUUCGAAAGGAGUACUCCGCCGGGAGAGACGAGGAAGCUCUUUAUGAGCGCGAGCUACCAAUCUUUCAAUGUUUUGAUUCCCCAUCAUUUCCUAGGGAGCCCAUCAAAGACUGCAGAGUACGACUCUUCGAGAGGAAAGUCGUUGCAGUAGAGGGUAGUAGGCAGCAUAGAGUUCACGAUGGUUAUCGGUUGAUGGUGAUCACUCCCCCAGGUACCAAAACAUUGAGCAAGGUUAACUAUCAGCUGGGAAAAGAAAGCCCAAUACUUUUCGGCACCUAUCGAAGCAAAGGUGGGAACACACUGCUUGUAAGGGUGCCGCCUUCUUUGAGGGUGUCUCUUACUUUCCAUAAAGCAAGCGAUGUCGAGCUAUUCCGUUCCACCAUUACUGGGACAUUGAUAACGGAAGACGAUCAUUGUUCGGCCUUUUUGCAGUUGCAAAAUUUUACUAUCAGUUCCGUGUCUGUUGAUCAAGACAUGGCAUAUAUGAACGCCAGUCGCUGUAUUAAUGAUCUCAAAUGGCAUACGCUACGCGUUGUCAGUAAGGGACCGCCAACUUAUGGUCAUGACUCGCAAUCGACAAUUUUCUCAGAGCAUCUUCGAAUACUGGCAGACUGUGAUUCUGGCACAUUCACGGACCGAAUUAAUGCAGGGCCAGGUGAUCUGCAGCUGAGUCUGAGCGUUGAGAAUUUUAAUGAGAUCAAGCUCCUGCGGGCAGCACAGCAAGACAUGACUUGGGGCUUCGCCGACGGUGUACUGCCAGAGGCUGACUUGAGCUCGUUGUCCCACAUGCUACAGUUGGUGGGCAUGUCUCCAUCCAUAAGAACCUACCACUUCCGUUCUCUGUCAGAUCUGCACAGCUUUCAGGCCAUGCUCACAGGAUUCCACGUGCUGUACGACGGAAUGGCAAGCACAUUCUCUAUCUCGCGCGGACGCUUCAAGCGCUGGGAAACCAGCACUCCGCGCUUGCAGAUCAUAAAGCAAGACAAAACCGUGCAACUGGUAGCAUUCUUUAAAGACUUCAGCCAUGGAGCAUGCAUGAACUUUGUCCUCAAGGUCACUGAUUUUUUUGACACUUUCGCCCGUUCUGGCGUAUUCUUUUUGCGCAUCGUAGAUGCUAAGUUUGCGUUACCAAAGGGCGAGUCGGAUCUCGCAAGGGACUUCGUUUGUCUUGACAUGCCUGAGUAUCCGGGUGAACACGAUGAUAUCAUCAUUGGAUUUGAUAACGAAGAUGACAGAGAUAGAUUUGCACAGACCUUGCCGGCGCCGGUCAACAAAAUGUCUCGAAUGGCGUCUUUGAGGAGGUGA